AUGGAGAGAUUGAUCGGACGGUGGCGCCGGCGCGAGAAUGUGUCCAAUGUGCAGCACACCGAGAAUGGCAACCUCCUACCACCCCGCAGCAGCGAGCCAGCCUUGUCUGACCCUCCUCCUCUUCCGACUUUUCCAAACGGCAUCAAAGUUUUGCAUGACUGUCCGGAUGCAGCGAUCGAUGUCUGCUUUGUACACGGCUUGACCGGUGACCGGGAGAGAACCUGGACCGCUGACGGCCAAUCUAUUCCCUGGCCACAAGCACUCCUCCCGCAGAAACUCGACCGGGCCCGCAUUCUUACUUACGGCUACGACGCAUACGUAGUGCGCAGAUCAGUUGCAUCGUCAAACCGGCUGAUUGAUCACGCCGGCAACCUCUUAGUCGAUCUUGCAUCAGAUCGAGAUCUGUGCAAUGCGUCUUCUCGUCCGCUAAUUUUUGUCGCACAUAGCCUGGGCGGUUUGGUCUGUAAGAGGGCCAUUCUCCUCUCGCGCAAUAAUCCUGAAGUUCAUCUACGGAGCAUCUUUGAGGCCCUUAAAGGCGUAAUAUUCAUGGGGACCCCCCAUAAGGGAGCUUGGAUGGCGGACUGGGCUAAAAUUCCUGCAUCUGCACUUCGCGUCGUGAAGUCUUCGAACGUCGUCCUGCUCGACGUUUUGCGGGGAAGCAAUCAGCUUCUUGAGUCAGUUCAGGUCGAUUUUUUGGCUAUGGUGCGGCAGCUACGCGAAGAGGGCCGGGGUCUUGAGAUAACCUGCUUCUUUGAAGAGCUUCCUGUAUUUGGGGCUGGAACUAUCGUCUCAAGGGAGUCUGCCACUUUUGAAGGCUAUCCAACUCGUAGCAUUUAUGCUAAUCACCGGGAUAUGGUCAAGUUUGCGACGGUGGAGGAUAAUGGUUUCAAGAGAUUAUUGUGGGAGUUGACUCGAUGGGCAUCGAAAACUGGUGAGGAUGGUCCAGAAUUACAUCAAAACGAGUCUAAUUACCAAUAG